AUGGACUACAAAAAUGAUUAUUAUCCACCUAGGUCGCCAGCAUAUCCAAGGCAACCUUCGCCAGGUUUUCAGCAACAAAGAGGUUAUCAACAAUCUUCACCUACUUAUCCACAGCAACAAGCAAAUUAUUCAGGAUAUGAUUACGAAGAAUAUCCUACUCAUUCUCCACACACUCCCAAACCUCCCACAAUUCAUAAUAAUCUUCAGAGGCAACAAAUAAUUUAUCCUGAACAUAAUGCUGUCAAUUUUGAUUAUGACGAACAAAUUUAUAACGAAAAAAUUAAUAAAAGAAAGUCCACUCGUCAUGUUGAAUUGACACAAGGAAACUUAAUUUUAGAUUGUCCUGUACCAGAUAAAAUACUUCGUAACGUCAAAUAUACUACCGACGAGGAAUUCACCACAAUGAGAUAUACCGCUGUGACUUGCGAUCCCGAUGACUUUGUCAAAAGUAAAUAUCUUCUCCGACCUCAUAUUUAUGGUCGAGAUACCGAACUUAUGAUCGUUAUGACAAUGUACAAUGAGGAUGAUCAACUUUUUAUUAAGACGAUGUCAUCUGCCAUCAAGAAUGUUGCUUUUUUGCGUACUCGAGGUAAAUCGAAGACCUGGGGUCCUGAUGGUUGGAAAAAAGUGGUCGUGGUGGUUGUAUCUGAUGGGCGUAAUAAGGUUAAUAAACGUACUUUAAAGGUUCUUGGAGCAAUGGGAGUUUAUCAAGAUGGAAUUAUGCAAGAUAAUGUUGAUGGCAAAGCAGUUACCGGACAUCUUUUUGAAUUUACUUCUCAAUUAAUGGUUGACAGUGAUUUCAAUAUUCGUGGACAAGAUAAAGGCAUUCCGCCCGUUCAAAUUUUGUUUUGUUUGAAAGAAAAGAAUGCAAAAAAAUUGAAUUCACAUCGUUGGUUCUUUAAUGCUUUCGCAGCACAAUUGAAUCCAAAUGUUUGUAUUUUGCUUGAUGUUGGUACCAAGCCAUCUCACACUUCGAUUUAUCAUUUGUGGAAAGGAUGCAUGAAUCUUAUUAAUCCUUUGGUGGCUUCACAAAACUUUGAAUAUAAAAUGUCUAACAUUUUAGAUAAACCUUUGGAAUCAGUAUUUGGUUACAUUUCAGUUUUGCCUGGGGCGUUCUCUGCUUAUCGAUUCAGAGCAUUACAAAAUACUUCACCUGGUAAAGGUCCAUUAGCAUCUUACUUUAAAGGUGAAGCUAUGCAUGGAUCAGGUGCUGCUAAUGCUGGUAUUUUUGAAGCCAACAUGUAUUUAGCCGAAGAUCGUAUUUUAUGUUUCGAGCUUGUGGCCAAAAAAAAACAAGCAUGGAAAUUGAAAUAUGUUAAGGAUGCAAAAGCCGAAACUGAUGUACCAGACAAUGUACCAGAAUUUAUUUCUCAACGUCGUCGUUGGUUAAACGGAUCAUUUUUCGCUGCUUUUUAUUCUGGUAAUUUCUUCUUGGCAUUCUUCUUCUUGACUCAAUCUACAACUUCAAAUCCCGCAACCGAUCCAUUCAGAGGAUAUGGUGAUGAACUCUUUGAUUUAGCUCGAUCACUUUAUCUAAUGGUUAUCAUUACAAUUUUUAUUAGUUCUAUGGGUAAUCGUCCUCAAGGGUCCAAAACCACGUAUACACUUUGUAUUAUCUUAUUUGCAACUAUCAUGGCCACUAUGUUAUAUUGUGCCGGCUACACAGUAUAUUUAGCUCUUAGCUCAGGACCAGAUCCUGUAAAUUUUACAAGUUUUAAAAGUAUUAAGGAAGCUAUAAAAACAGCAGCAUUCCGAGAUAUUGUAAUAUCACUUGCGUCUACCUAUGGUUUAUUCCUUUUCUCAUCGCUUAUUCACGGAGAACCAUGGCAUAUGAUUACAUGUUUGGUUCAAUAUAUUUUACUUGUUCCAUUUUAUGUAAACAUUCUCAUGGUUUAUGCUUUUUGUAAUACCCACGAUGUGUCAUGGGGUACUAAAGGUGAUAAUGGUGGAGGGGGAGAUUUGGGAGGAGCAAAACCAGUUACGAAAGAUGGAAAACAAGUGAUGAAAGUAGAAGUGCCUACAGAACGAGAAGAUAUUAAUGCAAUGUAUGACAACCUUUUGAGAGACUUAAAAACUAAAAUAAAGAAGGAAACACAACAUCGUGAUGCAGCUACAAAGAAAGAAGAUUAUUAUAAAAAUUUCCGUACAAAUUUAGUUCUCGCAUGGAUGUUUUCAAAUGCCUUUCUUAUAGUAUUCUUUACUUCAAAUACGUGGAAAAAAUAUGUUGCUGCUCAUUCCAAUGGAAAUGCAGCAUUUAAUCCCUAUCUAACUUUUGUAUUUUGGUCUGUGACUGCUUUAUCGGCCUUCAGAGCUUUCGGUUGUGUAUGGUAUUUAAUUCUUCGUCUAAUAUUCGGAUAA